AUUACCCAGAAGGCACUUGGCUCUGCCCACAAGCUGGCUCUCCGUCUGGGAGUGUUUCCCAUUUAAACAAACACGGUCCUUCCGAAGAUGGCGGAGAGUUUGUAGAGAUGUAAAAGAAACUGUUUUGCUCAAUGAAAACGUCGAGGCCGGAGAUGGCAGCACAUUGAAGUUGACAAGGGAACCCGUAUGGCGCUUCACAGGGGAUUUUACACACCAAGGUGCUGAUAUGCUUUGACGAUGAGUGGCAUAGGAGACAACUCGUUGGAGCCGCUGUGCUCUGACCGUAAACGUAAACUGUCCACCUGCGACACACCAGGCAUAGGGUGUGACAAGCGUCGACGGGAACAGGAGACCAAGUACAUCGAGGAGUUGGCUGAGCUCAUCUCUGCUAACCUCUCUAACAUUGAUAGCUUCAACGUGAAGCCUGACAAAUGUGCAAUCCUCAAGGAGACUGUGCGGCAGAUCAGACAAAUCAAAGAGCAAGGUAAAAACUCUUGCAAUACUGAUGAUGUACAGAAGGCAGAUGUGUCCUCCACUGGUCAAGGAGUCAUAGACAAAGACCACUUGGGGCCCUUGCUUCUACAGGCACUAGAUGGCUUUCUUUUUGUAGUGAACCGAGAAGGUAGCAUUGUAUUUGUGUCAGACAAUGUGACACAAUACCUCCAGUACAAACAGGAGGAGUUAAUCAACACCAGCGUCUACAACAUCAUCCACGAUGAGGACAGAGAAGCGUUUCACAAGAAUUUACCCAAGUCUGCUGUUCCAAAUGGGACACCGUGGGCAGGAGAGGCUCCCAGACAGAAGAGCCACACAUUCAACUGUCGCAUGUUGGUAAACUUGGUCCAUGGUCAAAGUCAUGUGUUGUCAGAAGACAGGCCCGGUGGACAGCGCUAUGAGACCAUGCAGUGUUUUGCUCUCACUCAGCCCAGGGCCAUGAUGGAGGAAGGGGAAGAUCUACAGUCAUGUAUGAUCUGCGUGGCCCGGCGCAUCACAGCAAUAGAGAGGACAGAGCGUUUUAGCACCCGCCAUGAACUGACAGGUAAACUUAUUGAAAUUGAGCAGCAUAACACACUUCACACCACAAUGCGUCCUGGCUGGGAGGACAUGGUGGGGCGCUGCAUACAGAUGUUCCUCAAUCGAAGCGAGGGGCAGCCAUGGUCUUAUAAGCGCCACUAUCAAGACGCUUUCCAUAAUGGCCAUGCAGAGACACCACUCUACAGAUUCUCCCUCUCCAACGGAACCCCCGUCACAGCCCAGACUCGCAGUGACCUUUGUAGGAAUCCUAACACCAAUGAGCCACACUCAUUUCUCUCCACACACUUGCUUCAGAGAGAGCAGAAUAGCUAUUGUGGAAAUCAGGUCGGAGGCAUGAGGCCGCAAAGCAUGGGUGUGAACAACCCCAAUCAGCAGAUGAACAUGCCUUCCGGAGGAGGAAUGAAUAUGGCCUACAACAUGGCUGAGCAGGGAAACCUGGCUCAAAGAGGAGUAACUCCUUACAACGGGGGUAACCGGAUGCAUCAAAUGAAUCCCAUGCAUCAAAUGAACAACAUGGGUCCAAUGAAUUCUAUGAACUCAAUGAACCAAAUGGGGCAGAUGAAUCAGAUGGGCCACCACGGCAUGCAUCAGCAGCAUCAACAUCAACAGAUGGGUCAAUAUCAUGGAGGUGGUUCUGGAUGUGGAGGGUAUGGGAUGGGAAUGACCAGCCCCUCGCAAGCCAGUUCAGGCAUAAAUGGUCCCCCACACAAUGUCAUGGGUUCACCUCGAGUCAGAGGAAGCCCCAAGAUGGGUGCCAGCCCCUUCUCGCCCGGAGGUUUGAAUUCUCCCAUGAACUCCAGUCACCCGGGUAACACAGGAGGGGGGACCACUACUUUCUCCAGCAGCUCCUUGAAUGCUCUUCAAGCGAUUAGUGAAGGUGUUGGCAAUCCGUUGCCCUCACCCCUUACUUCUCCGACCCCGCACAAGCCUGACAGCUCACCAAGCAUCAAUUCCACCAACCAGGUUACUGGGGGACCCUGCAAAUCCAGCCUCCCACCCCACUGCGACUCAAAGAGCCCAGGCAGCUCACUGGGAGCAACAGGGGAGCAGCAUCCGCUCACCCCCAUAAACGAGUGCGCUUCGGACAAACCGGAUAGUCAAGCAAACAGGGACGCUGGACCAAUGGGAGACUCUAAUCGUCGGUUGCCUGACAAAAGCCAAAAGAAGCUUUUGCAGCUCCUCACAUCUCCAACAGAUGAGCUUGCGCCACCUAAGCACCCACCAAGCACUGGGCCAACUUCCACACCAGAUGUCAAGGACGGAACAACUGGCGUUACCAGCCCUUCCUCAUCAACAGGAGUGUCAUCGUCCACUGGUCGGGGUCUUGGCGCAGUGUCGUCUUCUGGCAGUACAGGGCAUUUCACAAGUCAGUCACUUCAAGAGAAACACAAGAUUCUCCAUAAGCUCUUGAAAAAGGAGAACACUCCAGAUGAGGUGGCACGCAUCACAGCAGAAGCCACAGGCAAGAGUAGCUUAGAGUCAAGCACAUCUGAAGCAGGAGCUACACCUGUUGGAGGGGUUCGAGGAGCAGAAUCCAAGCAGGAGCAGCAUAGUCCGAAGAAGGAGAAACCCUACGUGCUCCUUCACUACCUCCUUAAUAAGGAUGACUCUAAAGAGGGUGUGGAUAUCAAGCCAAAGCUGGAGGAGCUGGAGGGAAGGGUAGCUUCGGGGUCAGGGGUUACAAGCUCUGUGACCCAUUCAAUGGAUGGCAAGGUCAAACUCGAGCCAUCUGAUGAGGUGGAGACCCUGGAGACCAUCCUUGGAACAAGGAAUGUCUCUGGUUUCUUCCCAGAACCUGAUUCCAGAUCAGGAAAAGAACUCGGGAACAAACAAGCAAUUAUGCCGGACAGUUUACUUGAAGGAGAUCGAGGCGCUGUAGGUCCAGGUCACCGAGGUGCCUAUCCAAGGUCAUUGUCUGUGGAUGCCAAGUCAAUGGGUGGAGAAGUGCCAGGGGGAGUUGGUUUGGCUGGACGAAGGACUGUCCACUGUCCCACGCUCGUAAAACAAGAGAACAUGGAUGCACCAAUCCGACCUGGGUGUGUUCCUAAUGGCUUUCCUGGAGGCAUGGGCGUCUGUCCACAAAGAGGCCAUCCAACAAGAGGAAUGGUCAGGGGGACAGGAAUGCCUCAACGCCCUCCAAUGUCAGGGCCGGGAGAAUGGGUAAUGCAGAGAUCAAAUACCAGCCAAAUGACUGGACGAGGUCACCCAGGUAUCGGUCGCUCUGGCCCAAUGGGUGGACCCAUGAUCAACCGGUCCAACAGUGUACCCGCAAACACCCGGUCAAUCCUGCAGCAACAACUUAUGGAUAUGGGUACCAAUGAAGGCAAUAUGAAUAUGAGCCCGUUUGGUGGUCACGGACCACCAUCUCAGUCCCCUACCUGGCCAGACUCUGGCAUGGGGAUGGAAAGAUCACAGAGUAACACGAACAGGGAACAGUUUAGCAAUCCCCUAGAGGAGCUACUCGGCCCCUUGACUAGCAACGAGGGACAGAGUGAUGAGCGGGCACUUCUGGAUCAGCUAGACUCUCUGCUGAACACUGCUGACGUGAUUGCACUGCAGGAAAUAGACCGAGCCCUGGGUAUCCCUGAAAUAGUCGGCCAGAACCAAGGACCUGAGGGGCAUCCUCAAGCCCAGGAUCAAGGACAGUCUCAAUCUGCCCCAUCAGAGCCUUUUGCGGGACCUGACUCAACUAUGGGUUUAGAGCAAAAGCCUAUGUAUGGCCAAGGCUACCCUGGUCCACCGGGACCCUCAUCUAUGGGUAUGCAGCCCGGGUAUGCUGGCAACACAAUGCCAAACCAAGCUUCAGCAGGGUUCAACCCCAUGAUGAAUCAAAUGGGCCAGACCGGAAGCUUCCCGGGAAUGGGCGGAAUGUCGGGUCUGGGCAACCCUCGCGCAAACAUGAUGAGACCUCGUAUGAUGACUGCCAACAAGCCUCUUCGACUGCACCUACAGCAAAGGCUUCAAGCGCAACAGUUAUUGAACCAGACCCGUCAAGGCAUGAAGAUGGAAGGUGCUCCAGGAGGAAAUCCCUCCAUGCGUCCUGCUUUGCGCCCUGGUAUGCAACCUGGUAUGCAGCCUGGCAUGCAACCGGGCAUGCAGUCCGGUAUGCGACCUGGUAUGCAGCCUGGGAUGAGUGGUCAGCCUGGUUUCCUGAAUGCUCAGAUGAUGGCCCAGCGCAGCAGGGAAGUGAUGACCAUGCAAAUGAGGAGGCAGCGGAUGAUGAUGCUAAUGCAGCAGCAGCAGCAGCAGCAGCAGCAACAACAGCAGCAACAGAUGCAGGCGCAGGGGCCUGCCGCAGGAUUCAGCCCGCCUCCAAAUGUUACCGCACCAGGAGGAAUGGACGGCACCAUGGGAGGCCCCAGCAUGAACCAGCCAGGACAGCAGGGAUUCACCUAUGGAGGUAACUAUGGCAUGAACCAACAGGGGGAGCAAUCCUUUAUGGGUCCAAGUAGCAGCCCGCCCCAAAACAUGAUGACGGGGAGAAUGGGAGGUCCCGCUCAGAACAACAUGAUGUCAGGAAUGCAAGGAAAUCCACAGGGAGGCUCCAUGUAUGCUUCAGGAGAUAUGAAGGGCUGGCCGCAGGGUGGAAUGCAGCGCAAAACCUCGUACCCGCAGCAACAGUUUCCCCAGCAGGCAAAUCAAGGCCAGUUCGGAAACAUGAUGAUGAGCAACUCUAUCGGCAGACCCGGGGCUGUCGGUGCCGCCGGCUCCGCACAAAUGGGCCAGAUGCAGAAUCAAAUGCAGGGCCAGAUGCCGGGACCAAUGCAAGGCCAGAUGGGCAUGAACCCCAUGGGAAUGGGUCGCAUGCCGAUGGGAUCUGAUCAGAAGUAUUGCUGAGGAUGUGAGCCCACUGCAGAACACCAACAUUAUUCUCCAGCAUCUAACAUGACAUCAACACUUCUCAUCCCGAGAGGAAGUUUGCCCUGAGGAUGAAUUUGUGCCAGGUUUUAUCUCCAACCAUAGCCUUGCAGUGUGUGUGUGUGUGUGUGUAUGUGAGUGAUUGACUUGGAGCUGUCAGGCAAUGUUGAGCAAAACUGGGAGCGACGGUACAACUGGCUCUGACUGCACUUUACCUGGAAGUUUCUGUUUGGAAAAAAAAAAGAUUGAUGCAAUAUUUUCUCAUCUUUACAGCCUUACUAGAAAUGUAAUGCCUUCACAAAGAUUGGUUUCAUUUUCUGUUCGUCUGGAUGCGCCUCAUGUUUAAAGUCAUUGGAAGCUACAGUAUAAGCACAGUUUUGGUGACGGUAUACAGAUCGGAGCAAUAAUGUUUUUCAUCUUUGAGACUGUAACUGAGCAUCUCAACCUCUGUUUUCGGCAAACAAAUGGUACUGCAGUAUUAGAUGUCUCAAACAUCAUCUGUGAAUAUGAAUUGUAAAUAUUUGACAAAAUAUAUCAGACGUGAAUUUUAAAGGCCUAUUAUUGCACAAAGAAUGAAACUUGCUUUGUAUGUUUUUGUUCAGUAGGUCAAAACUGAAUUGGUUAAUUUUUUUUUAACAACUUUCCAAAUAUUACUGGUCUGAUGGGAUUUGCUUUGCCUUUUUUUUAAACCCAUUUAUAAAGCUGUAAUUAUUAUGUUUUUUUGUUUUGUUUUGAGAAUGUGUGUUUUUCCAUGUCUUAGCAAGGCACUUUUAAUUGUGACAAGGAUCUGACGAUGUGAAAGUUUGAGCUUUCACACUCACAAGUGUUAUUCGAAAGGGGUGUGAGUGCAGUCUUUUUGGACUGACAUUCACUAUGUUGUUGGGUGACGCGCAGGACAAGCUUUGUAUGUACAAGGAGGACAACAAACUUCUCAUUUGGCCACCUCUGGUCUUUGCAGUCUCCCUUCUGUUUCUGUGCAGUGUAUUUUUAACUUUUUUUUUUUUUUUUUUUUUUUAAUCCAUUUGCUCAUUUUCCGUCAGACUCUGCUCAAUCUACCUUUUCAACAAGCGCAAUCCAAAGAUAUUUUUUCACAUCUUUGUAUAGUUUCUAAGGUUGUGGGUGUACAUUUUUAUGAUAUACAUUAUUUUAUUCAGAUGGUAAAUGGGUACAUAUCAUACAUCUGUAAACGCAUAUUAUGAUGGUUUAUGUAUUUUAGUCGUAAAAGGGUUGAGUUGAAAUGCCAGCUCUCUGCAGAAAGGACAAUGAAAUUCUCUGCUGCAUAAUAUUUUUCAACCCAAAGUUCACUUCAGGACAUAUCAUUGGCUCAACUGCAACUUCAUUCUUUCUGAGGCCACGUUACUUUGCGGGAAAAGAACUUUGUAUUGUUUUAAUGAAGUGAAAAGAGACGCAAAAGAUCAUUGAGCUGUUUUCCUAUCUUUGGAAUAAGAAUUGAAUAGCUGUCAUUUUACACAAUGUAUAGUACAGUUUUUUUUCUUCAAUUGUAUGUUGAUAGUGAUGUAAAUACAAAUUUCUAUUUAAACACUUUGAUUGUGAGCUUACUGGUUAUCAGCGGGCACAUCAGCUGGUAUAUUAUGUUUACAAAAUAAACAAACAAAACCACAUUGUGUCAAGUU